AAGGUCACUAGCAAUGGAUGUCGAUGACGAGUCGUUUUCUGUUUCUGUGGACCUCGACAGCGAUGAUUCGGUCCCUUCUUACCCUUCGACACCACAAGCAACGAGUUCGAGGUAUGCGGAUUCACCCCAGCCACACUUUGGAGAUUCACCUCAGCCCACACUACCUCGGUUGACACUGAAGCUACCAUCGUUGAAGAGUUUGCAUGCUACAACGCAUAACAAGCCAAGCAAGUCACAUACUGGUGUCAGCAAGAGAAAGAGAGGGACAAAAAACUCAGGAUAUGAGUUGCAGUAUGGCGUGCCUCCACUACCAAAGGCGCCCCGGCCAGUAAAGCUGAAACCGUUGAAGGAGGUGCUGAGCAAGAUAAUUGCGCAAAUAAAAAGAAAAGAUGCUUAUGCUUUCUUUCUCUCACCCGUAGAUGUGUCUUUGGUGCCAGGCUACACGGACGUUGUCAAACAUCCGAUGGACUUGGGGACGAUGGCAAGCAAAGUGGAGAGAGGGCGAUACAGAAGCUUGGAAGAGUUUACGUCGGACCUUAAACUUGUUACUGGUAAUGCCAAAUCUUUCAAUCCGCCAGGGUCAAUAUACCAUACCGAAGCGGAGAGAAUAGAGGCAGCAGGGCUUGAUCUGAUAGCUCGUUCGGCGGGGACCGUGAUUCAAUACGAGACAGAGUGGACCGUCGAUGUUGUUGGAGACAACGAAAUUGAAGGCGUAUCCGACGGCGCCUUCGAUUCAAACCAAGCGAUGGAUGUGGAUGAAGCCAUUCCAGAACUAACUGCUACUGCUACCGGAACCGAAGAGGACUUUGGGCGAAGGAGGAGUACCAGAGCCCCAUAUAAGAAACCCGCUCCGGCCGCGCCAAAGACGAGUGUCUCGGAGAGUAUCGAAGAUGGCCGUCUUCCUGGCAGUAAAGAUGGUUUAGGUGAUUUCCCACCAGGGUCAGACUGGGCGAGGGUGAUGCUGGAGUUGAAGGUGAAAGGCAAACGCUAUCGAACAAAAAAGGAGCGUUUGCGAUUUGAGAAGGAGGGUCCCCCGUAUGCCGCAGAUGGUAGUCUGGAUUAUGCCGAGACGGAAGACCCAUUUUCGAUUCUGUCGGUUCUCGUCCCAGAUGAGAGACCAGCGAGAUUGGGUUUGGUGCCGAUAUACUCAACUGCGCCUUCUACUACCACCACCUCGGCAAGUACACCACAGUUUUUAUCUGCCGGGACACCACCACCGAACGCAGACUCAACUCCACAGCCGCAACCACCGUCAUAUCCUAUACCUGUCACCCUUCCUCCCACACGACCGUCCCUUAUCAUUAACAACCCACCUACGAGAAAGCAUUGGAACCUCGUCAAAGGUAUUACUACCAGGGCAAAGGGGCGUGAAGAAGGGUAUGAAGUCAUUAGAGAGAAGGACAGAAGGCAGAGAGAAGCACAUCCUGUUGAUUGGGGGUCAUUUGCAUGUGUUGAAGGCGAAUUGUGGGAAUCGGGCGAAGAGCUCAAGCAGAUGCUUGAAGAAACUGCGACGGAAGACGAAUCAUACAUUCAAGACACCGUCUACGGAGGCGUAGAUGGCCUGGCGUAUGUGAAAAGUCUGUCUGAGUUUGUGGGACAAACCGGAUGGUUAGCUGAGUGGGUGGAGGAGAAUAUCGUGAAUCCAAUCGUCGGAGGUCCUCAUUUAUCAGAAAAGAUUGAUAUGGAAGCAUUAAUUCGGCGGCCAGAGGAAUUAUUCGAGAGCGAGGAGGCGUGGCAAGGGAAGAUGUUUGUGAAGAGGGAACAAGUGCUCGAGACCUCCAAAGAACUUGGUGUAGUGCUUGAAUACGUCGCGGGGAAGUUGAAAGAUCUGGCUGCCGUGGGCGGGGAACGGACGGACGACGAUGAAGAGAUGAAGAACCUUCGCAUGAAUUUACUGGCCCUGGCAAAGAGGGCUCCUUUAGACAGUAUCGCCAGCUUGCCCACCGAGCUGAUACCGGAACACAUCAGAGGUUUAUUGCGUUGAGACUGCACCAUGAUGAUGCUUUGUCUCCCUAUCAUCGCACCAAUAGAGAUGCACCAUAUCCUCCUGCUCGGUUAUGACUCGCACCUUGCCUGUCUCAUGGCGGAAGUGAUGGGAUUCAUAGUCUUCCCGCAUAGCGAUUUCAUUCGACUGCCGAAGCACUAUAUGCAAUUUAAUUAUAUAUCUUCAGGUUCGCGUAGGAUUCUGUAUAUUUUGUACAGGAAAGAUGUAUAAUAUGAUAUCCUAGAACUGUAUGAAAGCAUUGAAAGAC